AGCUGUCGGGGACAAAGAGAGAGGACCACACGGCCGCAAGUUCCUCAAGCGCAGAGACAACUCUACGAGACACACAUGACGGGAGGAGAUCAACCCAUACGACACGAUGAUGCCACCAGCACCGACUAAUCUGCUGCUGUAGAAACCAGAGAUUUCUCAGAUCUAUCUGAGAUGUUUAAGGCGUGAACAUAGAGAAGAUCUGCCUGGAGCUGGAGGAUAGUGAAGUGAAUGAGAGCAAAUAAAUAGACAAGAGGAGGCGUAAGAAACAAAAAAACGGAGGAGUUUUUCUUUGCGUGUAAUGUUUCGCGGGAUUUUGGUUACAUUCUAGCAAACACAUUGUGCACGAAGGGAUCUGGAUUAUCUGGGUGGUGAGGUGGAAAGCUCUAGUUUUAUUGCGCCAUGAAGAAGAACAGUUCAACAAAGCUGGGCCCUCAGGAUGCCAAUCAACAGCCUGCACAGCCCGACAAAACUGGCUGGAUUCGCAAGUAUUGUGGCAAAGGAAUUUUCAGGGAAAUUUGGAAAAACAGAUUUGUUCUGUUGAAAGGAGACCAACUCUACAUCUCUGACAAAGAGGUUAAAGAUGAGAAGAAAAUCCAGGAAGUGGUGGACCUCACAGACUACGAGAAAUCUGAGGAACUUCGCAAGGCCAAGAGCAGGAGCAAAAAGAACCACAGCAAGUUCACACUACUGCGAUCCCGGCAGCCAGGCAACACGGUUCCAAAUCUGGUGUUUUUGGCUGUCAGUCCAGAGGAAAAGGAAUCAUGGAUCAAUGCUUUAAAUGGAGCAAUCACCAGGGCCAAAAAUCACAUUUUGGAUGAGGUGACGGUGGAAGAGGACAGCUUGCUGGCCCAUCCAACGCGUGACAGAGCUAAGAUCCCCCACACUCGCCGUCUGCCCACCCGCGGACACCUCAUGGCUGUGGCUUCAACCACAAACUCCGAUGGCAUGCUUACACUUGACCUCAUUCAGGAAGAAGAUGUCCACACACCAGAAGGACAUUACUCUUGUGAUGACAACAUCGACAAUGAUUCAACUCAAAAGACUCCAGAUUCUCAGCACUCAAACAAAGACACUUCAAACCUCUCAACCUGUAAUGAGACCCCAGGAAAAUCCUUAAGUCUGCCCCGCAAGAGCGAAAGCACCUCAAACUGGUCUGAGAGCCAGUCCUGGACGCCACAGCUCCGCAAAAAAGUAUCCACAUCCGAAAAGAACCGCUGCGCAUCCAUGGACGAGAUACUAGCGCACUCUGAGACGAGGGCCAUCCCUCACUGUUCGACCUCUGCCCCCGUACAGCCCAUCAGCCAACUGCAGGAACUGAUAACCCAGAAGUUAGAGAGAACUCAAGAGCUGCUGACGGAAGUGCGGGUGCAGGGCAAGGGGAAGCCAUCGCCGACUGGGAAGAGCUCCAGUUCAGAGGGGCAGCGGAAGGAGGCGGAGAGGCUGCUGGAGGAGGCGGCAUCCACAUGGGGUCAAGCACGUGACGUGCUGGAAGAAGUUAAGGAACUCAGAGGUCUGUACAAGCAGCUUGACUCCGCCUCCUCCACCAAAGUCAGUCCAUCACAGAAUGGAAAAUUAAAGAGCCCACAACAAGAUAACCAUCUGAAAAGCAUGAAGUGAAGAUAUAGACUAUCUAAAUAGGAAUGCACACAGAAUGACUUUAAAGUCCUCCAUGUUUUUCGUCAACUGCAAUGAAUCAAAGCUUCUUAGAGGGUCUUUUUAUAAAUUGCUCUCCCUGGUUAUGGCUUGAAUACUGCUGGAUUCAACAGUAAUGAAUUACAUGAGCUAUACAUGUAUGUACAGUAUGUAUGUUUGUAUUAAUUUUUAAAGAGCAAAUCUAGUUUCUUCCACUCCCUUAUAUCAGCUUCAGUUGAGUAGAAAUAACACAAGCUGCGGGAUCAGUUUUCACAGUGAUGGUAACAGGGACAGCAACAGUGUGAAGUCACAGAGCUGUCCAGGAUUUUUUGCCAGAGGUGGCAAAGGGGUGGCAAGAGCUGAGUAAGGUGUGGCAUCCAGUAAGUGUGCCUGAUAAUUUGGGGGGGGGGGGCAUGUUAUGGACCAUGCAUGGCACGGAUGGGUUAAGCCAUUGCGCACCAUCUCCUUGGUCCGAUUUGGGGUGGAAGGUGGGGUGGCAAAGCUAAUUUUUAGCUAAACCCAUGCCACUUUUCUGGCCCCGCCCCUGCUUCAGGGUAAAACAGAGUGAGAAACACCAGACAAUUGUGAUCCUGAUACUGUCAUCCCUAGCCUAUCACAAUGUGAAUGUUGUCUUGUCUCAUAAAACACUGGAGGAGUUUUCAAAGUAGUCUACGAAACCCAAGUGUAUUUUACUCUGUGGGUUAUUUCUUAUGUAAUAAUAAUUUCCCAGCACACUUGCUCUGCUGUCCAAACCAUGCUUAAAACAACCAAGUCCAUCAGAUGCAAUCAGGCUGCAGCCAAAGGCGAUCGGCGAGGACAUGUUGUUAGAAUGACUAAAACUUGCUGACUGUGGGUGUGUGCUGUCUGACAGUACUUUGCUUCCAUCAGAUAGGCUCUAACUCUGAAAAAAGCCAUGUGUACUUGUAUGAACAUGAAUACAGAUGAUGUCUGGUGCCAGUGUUGCUGCGAAAAUUGGUGGGAGACACAGCUGCCAUUAAAGAUGAUACUCCAUGCAGUUAAGUGGCUAGAAGCAUCUAGUUGCAAGGAAACCAUUAAUAAUAAUAAUAAUAUUGAUAAUUACACAUUUGCACUAUGGAGAAUGCUGUAAAACGAGAGGGCCACUGGCAAGCUAUCUUUUACAAACUUAAGGGGCAAAACAGACAAUCUACUGUAGGUAGGGAAAUCUUUACACCUAAGUGGUAUUUCCUAAAAUGCCGGAAUCUUUCUAAAUGAAAAGCUGCCUUAGUGUACUUCCUAAAGGGCACAUGCAAACUGCAUUUAAGACUCUAAAAGAUUAAGCUUGUGAUUUUAAACUUCAAAUAUUUCACCUACAAGUUGCCUGGACCUCGUGAAAUGUUGGCAGAGAAGUUUAAGCAGGACUUUUAUUUUGCUUUGCAGGUUUUUUGUCUUUCAGGAUCUAUGCAAGAUUGCAUGGGUGAAUCUCACAAAAUUUGUCAAGAACAUGUCCGGGUCACAUUUCACAUCAAAAUCGAAAGAAAUAAGGAAUGGUAUUUUGAUUCAUUUUCUUGACUUAGAGAAAAAUUAAGCCUUUUUUAUUACCGUAAACUGUAAUGCAAAACAAAAAAGAGACAUUAUUUCAGUUGUAAAAUGUUUGUUUGUCAUGAUAGUUGUACUGCCUUUAUGAUCAUUGAAUUCCAGUCAUAUUUUGCAUAUAUUGCAGUAAUGAGAAUCUUAUAAGAAUAAAAAAACAUCCUCUCCUUACACAAUAUGGUAAUGAUAAUUGGGGUGGGGGGUGGGGGUUAUAAUUGACAAGAAUGUCACAAAGAAAAACAUCUCAGUGGUCCUAAAAGAGGCUUCAUUUUCUGUUAACACUUUACAAUAAGAUUCCAUUUGUUAACAUUGGUUAAUGCACUUUGAGCUUACAUGAACUAACAAUGAACAAUUGCAUUUUUAUGAACUAACACUAAGUUUAAUAAACGCUGUCAAAAGUACAUGUAUAUUGUUCAUUGUUUGUUGAUACCUAAUGCAUUAAUGAAUGGAAUAUUAUUGUAAAGUGUUACCCAUGUUCUUUAUGCAAAAUAUAAUUUCUUAUGUUUUGAUUGUGAUUUUGGGGUGAAAUAUGACCAGGACACAUUUUUAUUUUGAUUUUUUGGAGAUUCACCCUUAUAUAAGCUUGAAAUAAUCCACAGGGAUCAGGACGUACUGGCAGUGUGUAAUAUGGUAUUGAGUUAAACGACCAAAGGGUAUGUCUUGCCAGUAUACCACACCUUGUUUUACAGUUAGUAGCUUAAUAAUGUGUUUGCACAAUUCUAUGGGUACAGGUCAGCCUGUUCUGUCAUGAAGACUUGAUUAUAAACAGUGUUAUAUUUUUUUGUACAUUUUAUUGUAAAGUGCUUUUAUUUUUUCUUCUUCUUUUUUUUUGGUGGGGGACUUAAGAGGAGAGUUUUUGCUUUUAAAAUGUUUGAUUUAGAAACCACUUCCCUGGAAACAACCUCAACUUAACUCAACCAGACAUUCCUCACUUCUGAAUUCAUGAAAAGUCUGUAUAUUUCUUUUUUCGCUUCAAAAGGUAGUAACAAAGCACAAAUCCUGAGGCAGUCUUUAGCUUUUUUUAAAGAACAUUAUAUGAUAAUGAUUUUUUUUCCCACAGUGGUGCCACUAGAGGCACAGAAAUUACACUCUUAACAUUUAAAGGGCUAGUUCACUUGGCAAUUAAAAUUCCAUUGCUACUUACACUCAUGUUGUUCCAAAUAGGUCUAGAACAAUAUCAGGGCGAGUAACAUAUGACAUCAUUUACAUUUUUGGGUGAACUAUCUCUUAAGUUCCAUUCUUUCAUAUUAUCGCCACACAGAUGCCAAAGGUUUUCUGUUCUCAUACACUCUAAAAGAGCAAUGCCGUGUGCUCUUUUCAGGCUUAAUUGGUUUGUCUGGUCAGCUGGCUGUGUUAUGAUUUUAUAUUUUUGGCAGUGCCAGCGGAAGGUGAAUCUAAUUACCUGACCAUCUGUCAGGUAGUGGCUUUCAUCAUCUACCCUGGUUGUGAUCAGCACGGGUCAUAUUAGAUUACAUCAAAACCAAUCCUGACAGCAAUCUCUCCGAUCCCUUGACCUACAGUAUAGGUCCAAUAAUGCAGAAACCGAGCCAAAUUACUCAUGUACUUUGAUAGUCAUAUAUUAGUCAUUUAUGACACGUUUACUCUAGUUUCUGAUGACAUCAGAAAUCAUAUGACUGCUUAGGGCGGAUGAUUCCUUCAUGCUUUUUUGAACUAUUUAUGUAUGCCAUAAAAUUGUUCACCUGUUGUUGCUAUUUUUCUGAACUUCUGCAGACCUUGAUAAUAUGUGAGUGUGAAUGAAGAGAAAAUCUCUUAUUUGAUUGUUUGCUCUGCUGUAUAAUUGUGGUCAGACUAGUAGUUUUGCAUAGUGAUGUAUUUUUAUUGGUGGCUGUGCGUGUCAAUAUACUGCCACUGAAAUAAAGCAGACUUAUGCUAUCUAAAAGAAACCAUCAGUUGAUCAAAACAUCAAAACAAUUGAUUUUACCUACUUUACAUAACAAUUCAAUGGCCAGGCCAAUUCAAGGUUGUUUUAUUUUUCAGAACAAUGCACAUAAAAGCAGAAAAACCUUGUUUUCAUUUAAAAAAAGAAUGUUUUUUGGUCAUUAUCCUCAUAAUGUCAUUUUCCAUAAACACACAAUCACUCAGAUGGAAAGUUAGUUCUGGCUGCUGUAAACUACGAUACUCUUAAUUGUUAUUUCUGGUUUAGAUAAUCACAAUUAAAUGGACAAUUGUAAAUGUACAAACUGUUGUUUAUUUUUUCAGAUUUCUAAAACUAAUUGUAAAUAAAGGUCAGAUUGCAGCGAGGAGAGCAGGGCCCUGAGUAAAGAUAUGAAAGUGGGUGUUUGUAAACUCUGGGCUGACUCAUCUCUGAUGUACUUGAGACACAACCACUUGUGCAAUUAAAGUAAAUAAAAUUUUAC